GACGCAAAGACAACUCGUGGCCGAGGCGGCGGCUACCUCCCGAUCUCACCUUCUUUCUCUCGCGUCGUCUGUCCCCUGUCUCGCAGCGGACGCGACUCGGGAGGAGGAAGAAGAGGGAGACCAGGUCAGGCCGCCGCUAGGGUUAGGGUUUACGAGGGCGGGAGACGGGCUUCAACCAUGGCGCUCAAGUUCCUGAACAAGAAGGGGUGGCACACGGGGUCCCUCCGCAACAUCGAGCGGGUAUGGAAGGCGGAGCAGGCGGAGGAGGCGGAGAAGCGCAAGACGGAGGAGCUCAAGAAGCAGGUCGCCGCCGAGAAGGAGAAGGCCGAGUUCCGGGCCAUGCAGGAGCGCGCCGGCCUCAGGCCGGCGCAGGAGAGAUUGGACUUCCUGUACGAGUCGGGGUUGGCCGUCGGCAAGAGCUCCGAAGGGUUCCAGGCGCUGCAACAAUCUGCACCUGGCGCUGCUGCUGCAUCCUCUUCUGCGCAAGCGAGUGUGGCUGAUUCUUCCAAGGCAGCUGCACCAGGAGCUUUAUUUGAGGAUAAACCUCAAUCUGCAAAUGAUACAUGGAGAAAACUCCACUCUGAUCCUCUACUCCUAAUAAGGCAGCGGGAGCAGGAUGCAAUUGCAAGGAUUAAAAACAAUCCAAUCAAGAUGGCUGAGAUAAAGAAAUCUGUUGAAGCUGAGAAAAAGCAAAAAGAAGAGAAGAAAGAGAAGAAAAAGCACAAGAAGCAUCGCCACCAUAAGUCAAAGAGUAAGAGGCGUCACUCAGAUGAGAACUCAGAUUCAGAUGAAAUAAGUGAUGGAAAGGAUGAGAGAAGGAAGAGAGUUCAUUCUUCCCCUGACCAUAAGAAAGAAGAGAAAAGGUCCAGGCAUGAGAAGAAGCACCGCAGACAUGAUUCAUCAGAUUCAGACAACGAUGGACCACCUAGAAGACAGGAUUUGUCAGAAGACGAUGAGCCAAGGAGAAGACGUCAUGAUGAUGAUGAACCAAGGAGAAGACGUCAUGAUGAUGAUGAACCGAGGAGAAGACGGCAUGAUGACAAUGAACCUAGGAGAAGACAGCAAGGUGACAAUGAACCGAGAAGACGGCAGGAAGAUUUAGAACCAAGGAGAAGAUGGCAGGAUGAUGAGGAACCAAGGAGAAGACAGCAGGGCGAUGAGGAACCAAGGGGAAGACGGCAUGAUGACCCUCCACGAUAUGAUCGCUUGGAUGCUGAUGAUAGGAAGAUGAGACAGCAAUCGCCGCCAGACCGUCAUCAUGCAUACUCAAAGCAUGACGGUCCAGGCUCUAGGUCCAAAAGAGUGGAGGAUGGCCACAAAACUGGAAAUUCCACUUCUGAACACCGUUCCCGUGCUGAACAAGGCUCAGGAGAGCAGACAAGGCAAGAAAGUGAACAUGGCAGGAACAAUGGUCCUUCGUUCAACCGUCGACGAGGUGGUGUUCACCAUAUGUCGGAAGAGGAGAGGUUAGCUCGUCUGCGCCAGAUGGAGGCUGACGCUGAGGUCCAUGAGGAGCAGAGAUGGAAGAGGUUGAAAAAAGCUGCAGAUGACGAUGCCAAAGAGGCAGCAACUGUGAACGUAAACCAGUUCAAAGGAAAGAACUUCUUGGAAGAUGAAAAGAAGAGCAUAUUCGGAACGGAGAAGGGUGGCAGCGCCACAAUCGAAGAGAGCAUCAGGCGCCGCGCUUUUUACUCUCAAGGUGGCCGUGAUGCUGAGGGCAAUGCGUUCAGGCGGUGAAUCUUCUGCUGUACGGUUGCUGUUGCUUGACACAUGUGCCCUCAGUACUGUACUAAGAUUUUUGAGCAUUAUGUACGAUAAUACUGUUGUUUUGAAUACGCAAAAUUUGCUGCAAUGUCAUAUACAAUUUCGCUCCA